AUGAUUCAAAAGGGUAUUGAUCCAGAUGUAUUCACAUGCAACGCAUUGAUAGAUGGGUACUGUUUGCAAGGUCGGAUACAUGAAGCAAAACAAGUGUUUGAUUCUAUGGUUCAGAGGGGUGUUCAACCUGACACUACUAGUUACACCAUUCUAAUCAAUGGGAGAUUUUCCGUUGCGCAAAAGAUGUAUGAUGAGAUGAAUGUUUUAGGAUACCAUCGUGAUACUCACACUUAUUGUAUCAUGCUAGAUGGUUUGUGCAGGAAUGGACAUGUUGAAGAAGCUCUGGUGUUUCUUCGAGAACUGGAAAGAAGGAAUGUUGACCGCAGCAGUGCUAUGCAUGUUAUUGUUAUCACCGGAUUGUGCAAAAAAGGAAAGCUCGAUAUUGCUCAAGAUAUAUCCAAUAAAGUUUGUUCCGAUGGUUUACAUCUUACUGUGAGGUUGUACAAUACAAUGAUAAAUGGCCUUUGCCGGGAGGGUUUACUAGAUGAAGCAAAAGACUUGAUGAGGAAGAUGGAGCAAAAUGGUUUUUCACCUGAAGGUUUUACUUAUGAUUUUAUUUUGCAAGGGUUUCUUAAAAGUGAGAAGUUACAUGAGGUAUUUCCACUUCUGCAAGAAAUGGUUCAGAAGGGUUUCUCUCCUAAUGCAUAUACAUUUGAGCUACUCGACAUGAUCCAUGAGGUUAAAACCCAAAUAUUUGAAGUGAUUAUGUCUUAA